AUGGACCAGAUGCAUGCGCAAUAUAAGAUGAAGAACCGCACAGUCAUGAACUAUGUCUUCAGUGUAAUAAUAGGCUUCACAGCGCUCAGUUAUGGCUCAGUACCGUUUUACAAGAUGAUCUGCCAGGAAACUGGUUGGGGAGGCCAGCCCAUAAAGUCAGCGGCCCACGGCGGCGAUACUUCCGUCGAUCCCUCCGAGCGCCUAAAGCCCGUCGAACACCAUCCACGUAUCCGAAUCACAUUCAAUGGCUCCGUAUCCGACGUCCUACCGUGGAAGUUCGUUCCUCAACAACGCGAAGUCCGAGUCCUCCCCGGCGAGACUGCCCUCGCUUUCUACACCGCGACCAACAAAUCGUCAGAAGAUAUCAUUGGCGUAGCUACAUAUUCUGUCACGCCAGGACAGGUCGCCCCAUACUUCAGCAAGAUUCAAUGUUUUUGCUUCGAAGAGCAGAGACUAAAUGCUGGGGAAACGGUGGACAUGCCCGUCUUCUUCUACAUCGAUCCCGAAUUCACAAAGGAUAUUAACAUGAAGGGCAUUGAGACCGUCACACUGAGCUACACGUUCUUCAAGGCGAAAUACGACAAGGAUGGCCAUCUGACGCCUGUCCCUAUGUGA